ACCUCCACACCUGCGACUUGCACGCCCAAUCCCCAGAUCAGCACCUCCAAGCCUCCCUGGGAAACCACUCCCACCGUCACUGUAAGCUUGAAUUGCCUCUACCGUCCUAUGACAUCCCGCAAAGUGCCAAGAAGCUUCUAGAACUCAGCCUUGGAAACCGCCGCUGACGCUCUCGUCGCGCAAGAAAGAAAAAGGAGGACAGGCAAAAGACUAACCCUCCCCCCUUUUUUUGUUUAAGAACCAGACAGGGAAUAUCUCCGACAUCUGAGCGGGACUAAAAACAGCCUCCAUACCCUGAGCAUAGUUUACCUUCUAUACGGGCUUCUCGACUUUCCGGCAGCACAUUAACAUCCACUUUGCCCUUUUUUUCAAAUCUCCUCCCGAAACCCCCACCAUGUCUUCCGCCGCCCUAGUCCCCGCAGACGACAUUCUCGAGCCCACUCUUCAAAGCAUCCUCGACCAGAAGAGCCUCCGCUGGAUCUUCGUCGGCGGCAAAGGCGGCGUCGGCAAGACCACCACCUCCUGCUCUCUCGCCAUCCAGCUCGCCAAGGUCAGAAAAUCCGUGUUGUUGAUCUCCACUGACCCAGCACACAACCUGAGCGAUGCCUUUGGACAGAAAUUCGGCAAGGAGGCUAGGCUGGUCGAUGGAUUCGAUAAUCUGAGCGCCAUGGAGAUCGACCCCAGUGCGAGCAUGCAGGAUCUGCUGGCUGCUGGCGGGGAGCAGGGUGAGGAUAUGGGUUUUGGACUUGGGGGGAUGAUGCAGGAUUUGGCGUUCAGUAUCCCCGGUGUCGAUGAAGCCAUGUCCUUCGCCGAGGUCUUAAAGCAGGUCAAGUCUCUAUCCUACGAAGUCAUCGUAUUCGACACCGCCCCGACCGGCCACACCCUGCGCUUCCUCCAAUUCCCCACCGUCCUCGAGAAGGGCCUCGCCAAGCUCUCCCAGCUAUCAAACCAAUUCGGACCCAUGCUCAACUCCGUCCUCGGCGCGCGAGGCGGUCUCCCCGGCGGCCAGAACCUCGACGAGGUCCUGUCCAAGAUGGAGUCCCUGCGCGAAACCAUCAGCGAGGUCAACGCUCAGUUCAAGGACGCGGACCUCACGACGUUCGUGUGCGUGUGCAUCGCGGAGUUCUUGUCGCUGUACGAGACGGAGCGGAUGAUUCAGGAGUUGACGAGCUAUCAGAUCGAUACCCAUGCUAUCGUUGUCAAUCAGCUCCUGUUCCCCGGGAAAGACAGCACAUGCGAGCAGUGCAAGGCGAGGCGGAAGAUGCAGAAGAAGUAUCUCGAUGAGAUUGCGGAGUUGUAUGAGGACUUCAAUGUUGUUCGGAUGCCGCUUCUGGUCGAGGAGGUGCGUGGGAAGGAGAAACUUGAAAGAUUUAGUGAUAUGCUCGUGCAUCCGUAUCAACCCCCUCAGGAAUAGUCAUGAUCAUAAUGAUUUUUUUUUUUUUUUAAAAAAAAAAAGAAAAAGCCUACAACAAACGAGAUACAUAUAUAUACCCCUAAUAUCAAAUUAAACAUUUGAAGAUCAAUACUAUUCCCAAGGCGGACUGAACGCUAUUGCACCCCCAUAGUCUACUCCCUAGGACCAAAAAUCUGUGUCCAGGCCAUGUACACUCUUCAGCCGGUUUACUUUGCUUGUAAACCAGCAACAAUAGGAGGCAUCAUUACGGGAAAAAAAAAAAAUUCCCUAUCUUCCUUGUAUUUCCCCCUGUCCUGUCAACGCAAAACAGUCGACCUUACCCUCUCAGAGACGAAGGCAGCCGCUCUCGUACACAUGUUCGGAUCCGGAAUCCUGGGAAACUCCGUCUUAUCCGUCCUUUCCAUACCGAUGUAUAACUAGCGCAACCAAGCAAACAAGGGGGAGGAAGGGGAAAGUGGAAUCAUGCGCAGCCGGGUUGGCGAUUUUCCAAGGUUAUAUAAAAAAAAGUAUGGAGCAUACAUAUUAUAUGUAUCUACCCAAAACGGGGCGACGCAGGAAAAGCAAAACAAUCAAAUGAACAAGAGAGGAUUUCCCCGGGUCCUGUGGGGUUCUUGGGAGUGUGGGUUUAUAUUUAGUUUUGCUUUUAUUUUCCUGGUCUUUUUUUCUUUUUUCUUUCAAUUUUCUGGCCGACAAUGUCCGCUCGUUCCAUUCCGUCCUUCCUGCAGGGUUCAGACAGACGUAGGACAUGGGGAGUGCGCGGGAUGUGUUGGCUUUCGAUCAUUGAUGGCUAGCAAGGCGUCCUCUUUUGCAGCGCAGCAGCCUGGAUCGGAUGAAGACGGGCUAUGAUCCAUAUACUUUGGUCUCAUCCGAACUGGAUGCCCAACUACCCCCUCUCUUACACCCGGUUGGUGUAGGUCCAUAUCAUUCUUCGCGGCUUUGGUUGGGGGCGGCGGUGAUGGUGGUGGUCAUUCAUCUAGAUAGAAAGGCUGUGUGCAGAUAAUAAGGCAAGCUCUCUUGACUUUGUUUCUCAUCCCUUGU